AGCGACGAGGCCGGAAUGCUCGCUGGAAGUGUGGCUGUAAGAGGCGAGUAGUGCGGCCGGACUGGAGCGGACUGGCGUGAACCACCGGGAGUCUUUUCUCUUGGUUUUCGUCGUUAACACCGCAAAGCCUGUAGGUGUGAGACGUUUGGACAGUUUUUUGAAGCCGAAAGCAGGAACGCCAUGACGGAGCCGCAGUCGGCGCUGUUGCUCAGGAGGCAGCUGGCAGAACUGAAUAAAAAUCCAGUUGAAGGAUUCUCUGCCGGCUUGAUCGACGAUAAUGACCUUUACCGAUGGGAAGUUCUAAUUAUUGGCCCCCCAGACACACUAUAUGAAGGUGGUGUGUUUAAAGCUCAUCUCACAUUCCCCAAAGACUAUCCACUCAGGCCUCCCAAAAUGAAAUUCAUCACUGAAAUAUGGCACCCGAAUGUUGACAAGAACGGUGAUGUAUGCAUUUCGAUAUUGCACGAGCCUGGAGAAGAUAAAUACGGUUACGAGAAACCAGAGGAACGCUGGCUUCCAAUUCACACUGUGGAAACCAUUAUGAUCAGUGUCAUAUCCAUGUUGGCAGACCCGAAUGGAGACUCCCCUGCAAAUGUAGAUGCUGCAAAAGAAUGGAGAGAAGACCGAAACGGUGAAUUCAAACGGAAAGUUGCCCGCUGUGUAAGAAAGAGCCAAGAGACUGCCUUUGAGUGAUACGUGUUCUGCAGCUUGUAGCUUCACUUUUUUCAGGGUCUCCAAUAGAGAAACAUGGCACUGUUUUCCUGCGUUCUACCCAUCUCUUGCCGGAAUUGUCCUUAUUUAAAUGUUGGCAAACACAGGCUUGCAAAAUGGGCUGAAAAAGAACAUACCAGUCAUUAUUGAUGCUGACAUGGAAGGCCUGGCAUGUGCCAACUUUAAAAAAAAAAAAAAAAAAAAA